GGAGGAGGUGGAGCAGCAACAGUGACUCUCGCGGCUGCUGCUUCCACGGUACUCAGAUCGGCAAGACUGGCUGACAGUAGUGAACCACUGCUCAAUGAUCCAGUCUUUCGUCAAAAUAACACAGUAAAGUGUCUUAAGAUGGAAGUAAGAGCAGAAAUAGAAAUGAAGGUAGGCCUCGUGAUGGACGAGGUACCAGUCUAGCGUGCUCAGAGGUAAACAGACGGAAUGUUCGCGCCCGAUGUUUGGCAACCUACAGUGACUCACCAACAGAGGAACAUAGAAUCGUGUGCUAUACUCGCGUCGUACUUUCAUUGAUGUGGUGAUGUAGUCCAAAAUGGAAGAUAAGAUUUAAACCGACAGUGACAAACUAUCAGGCGGUGAUAGCGUGAGUAAUUUUAAAGGAGUAGGUGAGAAAAAUCGGUUUUAUGAUGACUGGAGACCAAGGAAUUCCCGGAGCCAGCGUGAACCAAUGCCUGCUCGUAACAACACACGUAGUACUCCACCUCUCCGCCAACCGAUAGUUGAAGGCGUGACUCCGCCAGUGCCUCGAAGGAUUCGUUAUCCAUUACCUAAGAUCCGGAUGAAUUUUCUAGGCAUGUCAUGGAAAAUAAUGCACAGGUGUCCUCAGUAUUAUGAGUGAAGAGAAGUGUGUGUUGACAGCAUGACUAUAUCAGUGAAGUGUUGUGUAGCGCGGCACUCUCACAUGGCUGCCCCCUAAGAUGGUGUUGGUGGAGAUGGCCGGGGCGGAGGACACCAUCUACUUGUGCAACUUCCGGGUUUCUGUGGAUGGUGAUUGGCUGUGCUUGAAGGAGCUAGCAGAGGGAGGCACCACCAGCAUAGGGGUCGCUAAGGUGGACAGCUCUGCGUCCUCGUCCCCUGGGUCACCCCCGCCCUCAGGUGCCUACACCCACCACCACCACCAUCACCACCUCCCACCUGGCUCCUCUUGCUCGCACACUCUACCCCUCUCUGAGCCACUGAUGUUGAACCCACCAGACUCGGCCAACUCCUCGGAGGGAUCUGCCGAUGGGAGCCCCCCGCCUCACAACCCCGCCCUGGCUUCUGAGGGCGGGGCAGUGGGCCGGGCACUCAGCGUGCUCCCUGGCCUCCCGCCGGGGCUCUUCGCGCCCUAUGUGCCGCUCAGCUGUGAGCGGGAUCCUGUGUGCAUUGAGCGCAGUAACCUGGUAAACAUUUGCAAGUUGGUGGUGAAAGAACUCAUUGAGUCCUCCCUCAAAUUUGGCCGCCAGUUGGACUCAGACUCAGUGCCACUGCAACACUUCUUCAUUGUUCUGGAGCAUGUCCUGCGGCACGGCCUCAAGCCCAAGCGGGGCUUAUUGGGACCAAAAAAGGAACUAUGGGACCUUUUUCAAUUUGUGGAGAAGUGGAGUUAUGAAGCUCAGGACAUCACAGCGAGUGUCCGUGAUUUACCCACAGUCAAAACCCACAUUGGGCGAGCACGUGCAUGGCUUCGACUUGCCCUCAUGCAGAAGAAGCUUGCUGACUAUUUCCGGCUGCUGAUUGAGCGGAGAGAUGAACUGCUGACAGAGUUUUAUGAGACUGGGGCGUUGAUGCUGGCAGAUGAGGCCAUUGUCAUCAUGGGACUCCUGGUGGGCCUCAAUGUGAUUGACUGUAACCUGUGUGUCAAGGAGGAGGAUCUAGACAGCCAGAUGGGAGUGAUUGACUUCUCACUGUACCUGCGCAACACUGGAGCGGACACAAGCCCUGAAGACAGUCAGGAGCAGACCGACAUGACUACAGUACUCGACCAAAAGAACUACAUUGAGGAGCUUAAUCGCCACCUCAAUGCAACAGUAACCAACCUCCAAGCUAAGGUGGAAACUCUGAUUACCACCAAUGCUCUGAUGAAGGAAGACUUGGCCAUUGCAAAAAACACUAUCAUACACAUGCAGGAUGACAAUGACCGUCUAAGGAAAGAUAAAGGCCUCCCAACACAGCAGCAGCAGGAACAAAUGGACAAGGAGGCUAAGAAAGCAAGUCGGGUGAGUGUGAUUGGAUGUGAGGAGGAGAUGCAGGAUCUCAAGCUGCAGCUGGAGGAGGAGAGUGCCCAUAGGAAGCAGGUAGAAAAGGAGCUUGAGUUACAGAUUCAAAUGAAGGCAGAGAGUGAAAUGGCGGCAAAGCUCCUGGAGAAGGAUAUUCACGAGAAGCAGGACACCAUUAUCUCCCUCCGCCAGCAGCUGGAUGAAAUCAAGGUCAUUAAUCUGGAGAUGUACAGAAAGUUGCAGGAAUGCGAGAGCUCAUUAAAACAGAAAACUGAACUCAUCGGUCGUCUGGAGGCCAAGGCAGGAGAAAUGGCAGAGACUAUUCGCAAUUUGGAGUCACAGUAUGAGGAGUGUCUUCUUCAGAAAGAGGCAGCCAAGACCACUGCCAUGAAGCUGAGUGACAAGGUCUCUAAUGGAGAGCUACAGUCAAGUACCCUAGAGACUGAUCUCAAGAUAGAGCGAGAGUGGCGCCAGUCCCUGCAGGAAACUCUUGUGAAGGACUGUGAAGUAAAAGCUGAACUUAUGCAGCAGAUCAGAGAACUCACCAAACAACAAGAAGAAUAUCAGAUUCUAAAGGGAGCACACAUGCAGUUGAUCUCUACUGUUGAGAAUCAGGAGAGGACUCUUGAAGAACUGGGAGCACAUCUGUCAGAGUCCAAGCUGAAGAUGGCCGACCUGCGGGAUGUGAGCAAGUCCCUCCGUGACGCUCAGUGGGCACCAGACAAGGAAGCCAGCAACUGUCGCCUCUGUGAGAAAGAGUUCAGCAUCUCCCGCAGAAGACACCACUGCCGCCAUUGCGGUAAUAUAUUUUGUCAUGGCUGCAGUGACAACACAAUGCCUCUUCCUUCCUCAGCCCGCCCAGUCAGAGUUUGUGAUACAUGCCACACUCAGCUGCUGCAGCGGUACUCCAACUCAGAAAAUUAAUUGUGUGGCAGGUUUUCAUCUCUUCAGAACAGUCCUAUCCAUUUGCAUCGAGGCUGGUCAUACUGUAUGCAUUUCUGUAGCCAUAAUGCCAAAGCGAUGUGCUCUUUGUAUUAGAGCUGGAAUUGGUGCAACACUUUGUAUAUUUUCGUGUAAAUUUUAAGAGCUGUGAAUAGUGUCAAUACAAGUAGAAAGCUUUAUAAUUUUGUACGUAAUUAGAAAUCCAAAGCUAAAUGUUUCUAUUAGCUAUUAGAUGAAGGGAGAGGUGUUUCUUUGGGCUCAUCUUCACAUUCUUCCAAAGGAAUCACAUUGCACUACAAUGUUUGCAUCUUGUCCUUUCAGUGACAAGCAGAUGAUUCACUGUUGUGGAGGGAGACAAAGAUAUGGAUUUGCAGAUCUGACUUAGGGUAUGUAGAAAAAAAAUAUAUGUAUAUGAAUGAAAGAAAACAUAGACAAAAGGAAUCAAAUGAAUAGGAGAAGUCUUAUUUGAUUGCUGCAUGUGUUGGUUUAUUCUCCAGCUAUAUGAGUUUGCACAGCAUUAAGUUGUACUAGUAGUGAAAAAUUAUUAUUAUGUGUAAUGCAGCUGAGUUUAUCAAGAGAAACAUUUAGUGAAUGGUUUUUGUUCAUUAUGUUUUGGUUUACAUUGUUCAGAGCCAUUUAUUUGCACACUAACACUUGAUAACAUAUGAAAACGUGUGGUUUGCAUUUCAUCAGUAGAAAAAGGAUGGUAUUGUUAGUAUAGGAUUCUAAAGAUAUUUGUUAUUUGAGAUUGAGAAUUGUUAUUGCCAUUUUGUGAUUUUGUUUUUUUUGUAUUUGGUCAUGUGGUUGUUAUUGUAUCAAUUAUAAUGAAUACAUUUUUAAUGUAAGAUUACUUGAGAAAGAGAGAAGGGAGAGAGGAUGAAGAAGGUAUACUGUACAAAGUUUGAGAGGAAGACCCCCUUUGUAAAUUGUAAGACAAAGAUCUAGGGGUAGAGAGAGAGAGAGAGAGAGAGAGAGAGAGAGAGAGAGAGAGAGAGAACAAAAAUUAAAAGUUAAUAGAAAUGGAGCAUACGUGAUUGGAGGUUAUAAAUAAGAAGUUGAUUAUAUUGUAUUUAUGAAUUUCUUUUCUUCUGUAUGCUAAAAAGUACAAUCACUAAAAUUUGAGGUAGAAGGAAGCUUGAAAGGCAGUACCUGGCACAGCUCUCCACUCCCUGGCCCUCCCCCUUGUGUCUAGCUCUGAGGAGUCAGAUGUCACUGUCAUUUGUCUACCUGCAUAACAGCAGUAAUAGUUCUGUUAUCCAUGUGCAAGAAUUGAACCUAACUGAAGUGGUGGUGGUGAAACUAGGCACAAUAUGUGGCUGUUAAGAGAUCUACACUUAUGACUACUGAACACAAAACAGAUUUUAGAAAGUCUAGUAAUUCUUGAAGAACUCUUAUAUGUACAUAUAGUAUACAUAAUUGAUACUAUUUAGUUAUAAAAAAGCUUCUGUAAAUAGUUCAUUUUUCCUAUUAUUGUAUGUAGCAGUUGUGCUAAAAUGAAAUAAGAGAUGAAUGUUAAUUUCAGCUGACAUGAUGUCCAGUUACAGACACAGGAAACAAUCUUUGGAGAAAGGUCUCCUGUUCCUUUAAUAAUCAGCAGUCUGGCUUUUUACCAUCACUUCUUUGGAUAAACUCUAGCAGGAGAAAAUGAUGGAAGAAAUUCCUUUAGCUUCCAAGGCUUCAAUGUGACCUGUAGGAGGGUCUGCUCAUUGCAUACAUGUGCCUUGUUCAGUGCAUUUCAUAAUUCUAUUCUACAUACCUACCUAGAUGUUAAGGAUUUUGUUGGGCUGUUGAAACUUUGUGAACAUAAUUGUAAGAAUUUCUAACUUUCAUAAAUUUCCUGUUUCAAAUAAUGAUUAAAGAAUGAGGUCUGACUGAUAGAGAAAGAUAUACAAAAUAUUUAUACAUGCACAUGAUAAUUUUAAUUUCUUGUUAUGAAGGUAAGCAGCAUUGCAUUUCAGUGGUGUGUGAGACUGAGUGGAAUACAUGAUGGGAAAGUGUUAUUCCUGGGACAAUGGGUUUCAUAUAUUGACAAUGUGGUGCAGAAGGAAGGUUGGUUUGACUCAGGAUAUCAGAACUAUUACUGAAUCUAAUUUCCAUUUUCAUUAAAAAAAUAUAUUUUCCUGCUAAUUGUUAUAAUUUCUAUUUCAAUAUUUUCUUUCUCAUGAGCUUGAGCUGAUAACUUAAGCCUACUUAUGCUGAUACUCAGCCUACUGGUACUUCAGGAUCUGAUAAUGCUAUAUUCUCCUAACCUGUGAGGUGCACAUAUUGAUGUUUCCAUAACAUACACAUCUUGUCUCUCAAUGAUACAGUAUUGUGUGUUAGUGACAGUUUUAAAAGUUUACAUUAAUUGAAUUUAAGAUUUUCAUGACACUUUUUUUUUUUUCUUUAGAGAUUUUGUUUUAUAUUCAAAGCAUUUCUGAACAAAGUGUCUUUACAGUAGAGAGAGAUAGGCCUUGCUUCCUAUCCAGUGACUUGUGCCACAGCCAGCUGAUGCACCAGAUGAGAACACCUCUCGCUGUUGAUUAGCAACUGUCAGUGUCAUUGCUUACACUCUUCAGUGAACAUGAUAUAGAAUGUAAUGUAGUAUGAGUGGACCAAAAAUAUUAAUGUUCUGGCUGGCUUCAUGCCAUGUUUUGAUCAGAACCUCUGAACACCCAUGGGGACCAAACGAUUAUUGCAUUUCAUGUGCUCCAUGGAAUGCUGCCCGAGUCCAAAGAGAGACUGCAUGCUGUGGCUUUGAAUUUACCUACAUCACAUGUCAUGUUGCAGUUGCUGAAUUUAGCAACAGACUUCAUAUUCCACAUCCUAACCUGAUGUUGCAUGUCCUGUAUUAUGCCUUCUGGGUCGAGACUCUUUAUUGACAUGGCACUAGUUACUUGCCUGACUUAUAGUCAUAACAUGGCUUCUAAGCAUGUCUGUAUACACUAUACUACUUCUCAUUAUAAAAUAUGCUCAUGUAUUCCUUUUGUAGUACAGUAUGCAUCAGAUUGACUUAAUUCUUACAACAAAGAGGAUAGCAGAGACAAGGUGCUCUCCUUCACACACCUUCAGAUAUACCCACAGCCAUUUCCUCACAUCUUAAUACCUAUAUAUCUCUGCCUUUGGAAUACUUAUCACUAUAUCUUGAGUGCAACUCAAAAUUUUGUUUCAUGAUUUUAUAAUAUGAUUUUAGAAAUUAUGAAUAGUAAAUUAAAAUGGUAUAGAGAAAAGUUGCAUUUAACAGUGAAAAUAUUUCUACUGCUGAUAAAGUAGUAGUAUUCAUUGAUUUAUUGAGGAAGAUGAAGAUAGAUUGAUUCUACAUGGGUUUUUUUUUUUUUUUUUUUUUUUUUACCAGCAAAGUAUGUGAUGCAACUCCAAAGCACACGGAUGAUUUUUCAAUUGUAAAAUUGUUCAUGCUGUCACAUCCAGUGAAUAUUCAUUGGUAUAGUUUUGUAUGGAGAAACAGUCUACCUUAUUGUAUUUGUAUGUUGACCUGAUCAAGACUUUUCAGUUUGUUGUAUGUGCUAAGAUUGAGCAACCACCUCAUCUAUGCACGUGUGUGUGUGCGUGUGUGUUUCUCUAUUUAUUUCUGUAUUUUUACACUACCCUUUCCCCAGGGAUAUGAGCCUACCCUCUGUUCUGUGGCUAGCUAGUAAAUUAUUCUUUUCUCAAUUACUCUACACUUUCUAGUAAACUUUCCAUGCUGAUCCUUAGAUUGCUUUCAAAUAUGCAUGCACAGGCCAGCAGAAUGAGAGAUAAUUAGUUUGAGUUGACCCUGACCUCUGUUCCUUCACCACUACACUUCUUAACUCUUGACUGACAUGUGUGAAUGGCAAGGUCAUGGAAGGGAGACUUGUAUUGACUUUAUAGUGAUUAAUGUGCUCUUGGAAAGGCUGCUGUCACAGUAUAUGCUCACAGUACAUAAGCAAAUGUUUAUAUGUUAUGUUAAAUGUGAUUGAGACUUCUUUACUGUGUAAAAAGAAAUUUAGGAUUAUAUAUAAUUUUGAGCCAGGAUACUACAGCCAAACUUUGUAUGUACUAUUGAAUCUGAACUGGAUCUGCCUCUGACCAGAAUACAGAGCCCCAGUUUGUACAGUUGGCAUGACUACAAGGAUCUCAGAAUUGUCUUGUAUAUGUUGCCAAUAUAAGCCUCAAGCAUUGUGCAUAAGAGGAGAAUGAGCUUGUGUUAUUGUGGGUGAUUGGAUAGACUUGUUGCAGCACAAGAAUAGAGGCUGUGUUAUGUCAGUGUUUGAAAGCCAUGUCACAAUAUGUAGGUAUAUAGGCAUGUGUGUGUGUGUGUGUGUGUGUGUGUGUGUGUGUGUGUGUGUGUGUGUGUGUGUGUGUACUGUAAUGCAAGUGAUGGGGAAAUGAAAGUUCAUGUAACACUGAUAAGAGAGUAAUAAGAAUGAUAUAUGAGAAUAUGUUCCAUACAAAUGCUAAUGGUUGUAUCAUGUUGAAAGUUAUAUUGGUCAUGUAUGGCACAUUAUUAUUAUUAUUAUUAUUAUUAUUAUUAUUAUUAUUAUUAUUAUUACAUCAUACAAAUUUGUUUUGAUUAAGCAUUUCUUUAGCAUUAUUUGUUUAAGGAAGCAUGGAUAGGUUUCGCAUGCCUGAUAGUUCAAAUCCAAUGUUACUGUUAAUUUGUAUGUCAAAUUCGCGUUUGGCUGAGGCAUGCAUGUCAUGUGGCAUUGUGUCAUGUGUUACAUUUGUUGCUACACUGAAGAAUGUUUAUAUACUUAUAAGCUAUGCUCAAUGAAGAAUUAUUUUGGGGAAA